CACUAGCUCGUGUUUGGCUUUGCCCCUCCUUGCUUGUUCUGCCCACUAUGACUCAUUUGUUCCCAUUGGAAACGAUAGGCUGUGGUCUAUCUUGGUUUAGUUAUAAAAAAAAUCAUUGCAAUAAGUAUUUUAAGAAAUUAAGAGAUGGUGAACCUAAACUCGAUUAGUAUUAACGUCCAUUUGCCGUGUUCAAAACAACUGGGAUAUUGUAAAAAUACGAGGUCAAAUCAUGACGUCAGUGAUCUUCCGAUCAGAGGCUUAGAAAGAGGCCCGAGUUCCCUGGUUAGAAUUCCAAGUUGGAUGACCUUUCAAAUCCAUUUUUCCCAGUUGUUUUGAAUGCUCGGAAGUGUGAGAUUUCCGAGUUCCCAAUUGUUUUGAAUUUAAUCUCAUUGUUCUAUCUGUGACUAUAGCCUAGAUUUUUACAAGGGUUUUCGUGAUGAUUAAUUUAGCAACAGCGUGACACACCAUGACAACGUGAACGCGAUUGGUUGAUAGUAUGCUGGGCAGGCAUUAUACAUUCCUCCAUUUAUUAACCAAUGAGAUUACUAUCCUCAUUUCUUGGGGAGAAGCAUGAAGCGAGACGGUGGAUGGUGGUUGGAAGAGUGCGCUUGUUUGAAAUGGAAAAGUGUUGUGGUAGCUUUUGAUAAAGAAGAACAUCAAGACGAAGCAGCUGCUUUAUAAGUGGGAUACACUUAGGGGUUUGAGCUGAUUGUAUGGAGAUUGUGACAGCCGGUUAAAUGGCGUCCCUUGAGAAGGCAAGAACAAGACGUGUCAGGAGAUGUAUUAUCAUAAGGAGACGUAUACUUGGAAUACGAAGGAGGAAUGAAGGGAAAAAGCGAGGCAGAGGAGGUCUGAGGGAGGAAGAGGGUGAGCUUGAGUCGGUUAAAAAUGGCAGAAAAUAGGGAGAUGGUUUGUUAAAGGAUGGUAGAAAGUAGCAGAGUGAGCUGAAGACAGGAGGAGAAAUGGAAGUGAAUGAGGUCGAAGUAUCGGAGGUGGUAGGUGUGAAGUUCUCGGAGCCCGAGGCUUGCACUGAGGGUCAGGAUAAAUAUGUCUGACAGUAGGAGUGAAGUUUUUGGAAAAAGUGGACCCUGCCUUUUGGCUGAUCCAUUUGUGGUUGCAGGGUGGCUAAAAACAGUUGGGUGCUGUGGAAUCGGUGAGGGUAACCAGAAGUGGUCAUAAUAAUUGUUUGUGUUUCUGUUGGUCAGAGAGAGAUGACACUGCACUUAAAUGAAUGGGAGCAAGAAAUGUGAAUGGUUUUGCUCUCAAGAAAAAGGGCGCCAUUGAGUAAUUACUGUUGUAGCAGUCAAUGUAAAAGUUGACCAACUGAAGAGGAAGAUUCCCGGUGUUUGUGAUGCUUGUCGUUUGGUGCGACACACAGGGUGGCGUGACUGGUGAAACAGAAGAGUCUGUUCUUUUGAGUUUUUAUGUUGAGGCUUUGCCCGACAGUGAUGUUAGGAUAUAUACGUUAUCCUGUACAAGCUUUUGUGCUGAAUACAUUACGUUGUUACAGGUGUCACGUUUAUGGGCAUGUGGCAGCAGUGUGUAGUAGAGAGGUUCCUAGGUGUGCAGAAGGGCAUGAGACAAAGGAAUGUGUAGCAUUGGGGAAAGUAGUGGUAUGUGUUAAUUGUAGGGGUGCCCAUGUGGCUGGGGAUCAGAAAUGUCCUGUGCGAGAGAGGCAGGUUGAGGUUUCCAGGGUUAGAGUAGUGCAGAAGUUGUCAUAUGCUGAGACAGUGAAGAAAGUAGAGUAAGAUGGGUCAAGGGGGAGGGAUCCUGAGCGGAGUGGUGUGAGUAGUAGAUCUGUACCAGUACAGAGGGAUAGGCCAACAAGUGAUAUGUUUCAGUGAGAUUUGAUUUUUAGCAUUUAUAGCAAUUGUUAUCAACUGUACUGCAGGGAUAGAACGUAAGUCUCCGAAAAUGUAGGUUGUGGUGGCAGAUGCGGAGAGGUAUUUGGGUGUGCAAGUCUUGACAUCAGACAAAUUACAGGGUGUGUUAAGCAGUGGUGCCCAGGUUGUUGGCCUACGGUAGGACUAAAUAGAUUUAAAAUAGUGGAGUAGAAUGGUGUUAUUUUUGAAUAAUUUUCAGAGUGUAGUGUUAAUGGUAGGGUAUGCAUUUAUUUAAAAAUUCAAGCAAAGUAUAAGGGAGUUGUACUCCGGUCUAGUAGAUGGCGGUAAUGCAACAUUUAUUGGAUACCAACCGCCGUUAAACGUCAUCGAAGAAUCCUCGUUUCUUCAAAUAUUUCUGUUAUUGCCUGCUUCACAGCGGUAGCAAAAAAAAUGCUAGCUAACACAUGUAGCUAGCUAUAUAUUUUAACGUUACGUGAAUGAGUCUGAGGGCGAAAUGUCAACUUACAAUAUGUUCCAGUCAGAAACAACAUCGAUUAUGGCUUUUGUCGUCGAGACUGUAAUGAAAGAAAUUAGCCAUCUUUCAAACGCGCAACACUCGGACGCUAACGACUGCAGUAAAUAUGAGAGAGAGGUGAGCGCUGACAAAUACUCUACUGAGCAACGUGAUGACGGGUGCGUAGUGACUACAGUUAACGUCGAACAAAAGUUUUAGAUAACUAGCUUUCCCAAUGGUUUAGCUAGGUAACGUCACUACUGCUAUACCUUAUGCCGCGUUCUUGUCCUAGUCGGAGCUAGGAAACUCGGACAUUUCCGACUUGAUAAUUGGUAUAAUUGGUUGAACGAGGCACGUGUAAUGUAAACCAGUUUGCAAGUCUAAUUUCCGAGUCUCCUAUUUCCGACUAGGACGUGAACGCGGCAUUAGCUCCCGAAAACUAGGGAGAAGGCAGAAUGCCGCCUAGUUGUCAGGCAUUAGCUUCGCCAACUACUACAUGUGAACAAUCCCGAAGCGCUGUUAUAACGUUUAGAAACGUCAAUAAUCGCUUGCAAUAUGGCUUUCGAAAAAUGUAAUUUAUCUUUCAUCAGCGAGAAAAAAAUCCUUCAAAUAAAACAUUUACAUACUGUAGCAGUUUUGCAUAGAGCCAUACAGCUGGGCGCCUACCACCAACGAAACUACACUUCCCGAGUUACGCUUACACAGGUGUUCGGAGCAUGCUAGAUAGCUUAUUAGCACAGGUGGUAGAUUUUUGUCUCACGUAAACAAGCGCUGUAACAUGGAGAUAUGGCCCUGUGGGAGCAUGAACCAAGCCCAAUCAAGGUGCUUAUCAAUUUAACCAGUUAUCAAGAGACUAGUGUUAAUGUUCAGAUUGAGCUUUGGGCUCUUUUCUACUAGCAGUAUUUCAAUCUGUUCAAUUUCGCAGUGUGGAUAAAGGUCAAAUGUGCAUGUCGCAUCCCAGAAUUGAGGUGUCUUAAUGUAACCAUGAUUGCAUUCGACCCCAGUGCAACUCGGUGUAAACAAGCUUAACAGUAGGGUCAGCAUCUUCUGGCAAAACCCUAAGCUAUGUUACUAACUUGCUAGGUAGCUAUGGUUUCACAUCCUCUGCUGUGGCUGGCUGUAUACUGUUAGGUAGUCUAAUAUCCACAGGAAAGUGUUUUACACUUCUCCAGCGUGCCAGUGGCCAUCGAAGGUGAGCAUUUGCCCGCUGAAGUUGGUUACGACUCCAAACUGCAGUCAGGUCAAGACCCUGCUUUGCACCAUAAUGAAUCUGGUGAUGGGGGAGGCUAAUCGUAAAAUCUGCCAACUAUUCCUCGUGGCCUCCUCACGUCUACAAAAUGAAAAUGGGAAACUGAAGACCAAGAUGGAGCAGAUGGAGGAAGAUAUGAAGACAAUAACUGAGAAGGCUGAACAUUAUAGAAUGUCUCUAGCUAAAGUGCAGGCACAAGCAGAACCGAAAGGACCUACCCAUGUUCUGCACAAUGGAAUCAUCUUUGCAAUUAAACCACUUGAUCUCCCAGUGUUGCCUGGAAUGACAGCGGGUUCAGCAUUGCCAGGGAAUGUCAGUCAAGCAAACCCUGUGACUAACGCAACAUCAGUCCGUGCAGGUCCUGCAAUGGUUUGCAGUAAACCCACAGAGACGUCUUCAUUGGAGUGUGACUCCUCUCUGGGAGACACAGAUGGACUGAAUACAGACCUCUCCCCAAGAGACACUGAAUCCAACGUUGAGGAUAUGAGAGCUGCUCUGCCUGAGGGCAACGAGAGAGACGGCCAUGAAAGCCAGAAAAACAGCAAUACUAAAGGGACACGAUCCAAAGAAACCAAACGCUUCAAGUGUGAUGUUUGUGAGAAGACCUUCAGCAAGAAAGAGUUGUUGAGAGUUCACAAGCUAAGUCACACAAGACCCUUCAAGUGUGAUGUGUGUCAGAAGACCUUCACCAGGAAGGGGUUACUGGAAGCUCACAAGCUAAGUCACACAAGACCCUUCAAGUGUGAUAUUUGUGACAAGGUCUUCAACCUGAACCGCUUGCUGGUACGUCACAAGCUACUUCACACAGGAGAGAGGCCAUUCGCUUGUGGUCAAUGUGGCAAAACAUUCAGAAUGUCCAAGCAGCUCGAACAUCACAUGUUGCGUCACAGAGAAAAAACGCUCAGUUGCAAAGUUUGCGAAAGUAUAUUCCCUACCAAGAAAGAUCUGACACAACAUCGGCUUGUUCAUGCAGUGGAGAGACCGUUCAAGUGUCUGACUUGUGGAAAAGGUUUCACAUCAAGGGCCGUGCUUAUGGGGCACGAGAGAAUCCACACCGGUGAAAAACCACACAGCUGCGCUGAAUGUGGGAAGAGUUACAGACUGUCUUAUGACCUAAGUAUUCAUAUGCGAAGACAUACAGGUGAACGUCCACACUUAUGCUCGGAGUGUGGUAAGAGCUUUAUAACUAAAUCCAGCCUUGAAAACCACAAGGUAAUCCAUACAGGGGAGAAGCCAUUUACAUGUGAGACCUGUGGAGCUGCUUUCGGCCAUAAAGCAAACCUUCAGAGACACCAAGUUCUUCACACAGGGGAGAGACCGUUCAAAUGUAAAGUGUGUGGGAAAAGCUACCUUCAGUCCACCGACCUAAAAGCUCACAUGCACCGUCAUGGGGCAACCAAACCAUUUAUGUGUGACCUAUGUGGAAAGACUUUCAUUUACAAUUACCAAAUGAGACAGCACAAUAUAAAAUGGCACACAGCUGAAGGAGAGAACAUUCCUGGGGGAGUGGGAACCUCGACAAAGCCAUUCAGUUGUGAUGUAUGUUUGAAUGGCUUCAGCUCCAUGCUAACUCUGAAAAACCAUCAACAAGUUCACACAGGACAAAAUCAAUACUCUUGUUCUGUUUGCGAAAAGACCUUUGCCUAUAAAAAUACUUUGGACUAUCACAUGAAACUUCACAGUGGAGAGAAGCCCCAUGAAUGUAAAUACUGUGGAAGAAAAUUCAUUCUUAAGCAAGCUCUCAAAGGACAUGAGCGAACCCAUACAGGUGAAAAGCCCUUCAAAUGCAGUUAUUGUGACAAGACUUUCUCAGUCAACAGCAAUCUCAAAAGGCAUGAGCGAGUCCACACGGGAGAGAAGCCAUUCAAAUGUGACGUCUGCGGGAGAGGUUUCAGCCAAGCCAACAAUGUCAAAGCCCACAUGCAAGUCCACACUGGAGUUAGGCCUUAUUAUUGCAAGAGAUGUGGAAAGGGCUUUUCUGACAUAAGACACUACAAAAACCAUAGCUGUAAUGGUGUGGCAGCGACACGCAAUCAGUCUCGUAAACCUUCUGACCGUACUUUUAGAAGUAGGAAAGGAGGUAGAGACAGGAGUGCUUGCCUUAAUGCUGCUGUGAUGUAGACUCAGUGAUAUAAUCUCAAUCAUUCACAGUGGGGCAACUUCCUGCUUUCAGACAUCAGGAACAACAUGGAUGUAUUCAGCAGGGUGAAAAGUUCUCGGGUGAGUUUCCCGAAAGCCUCGUAGGAAAUGAGAAGCAUAUCUGCCGUAAUGCUUGGAGAUUUUGCUAUAAGUCUUAGUCAAUGUUCAUGAGCCCACAUUAUCAUGGAGACGUUGUAUAUUUCUGACUGUGCUCAAUCAUUUACCAUGUGUUAUUUUUUUCCUAUUGUGUAAAUCCUUAAACACCUAAUUCAUGUGAAAAUAUCAGAACUACACAUUUAAUACUUUGUACGUCAGCUACAUAGGACUGCUAGAUUAGUUAUUCAGGUGAUUGUCCUGAUUGGGCAAGAAUUUUGAAGGAAUUCUUGUUUUUAAAGGUCCAAUUCGGCUGUUUUUAUAUCAAUAUCAUAUAAUUUCUUGGUAACAAUUGAAGUACCUCAUUUUGCUUGUUUUCAAUUAAAAUGGUCAAAAAUAUUUAUUUUAAAAUAGCUUUUUAGCAAUGAGCAAUUUCUCAAGCAAGAAUUUUUCUUGGACUGUCGGAGUGGGGAGAAACUGUUGUUGUUGGCAGAGGUUUGGAACGCUUCCUUAUUGGUCUAUUAACUCAUUUAUCAUCAGGCUGCCAGAAACUCCAUCCCACCAAAACAGGCUGAAAUGUCAGCCGGUCUUUUCAAACAACUCUUACUCUAAAAGGGAAUUAUCAUUCUCACACUAUUAUUCCAACCUCAUAGUGUGGAAAUAUUGUACAUGACCAAAGGUAUGUGGGACACCUGCUCAUGUCACAUCUCAUUACAAAUUCAUGGGCAUUAAUAUGGAGUUGGUCCCCCCCUUUGCUGCUAUACCAGACACCCUCCACUCUCCGGGAAGGCUUUCCACUAGAUGUUGGAACAUUGCUGCGGGGACUAAUGCUCUUGUAGCUGAAUGGAAGCAAAUCCCUGCAGCAUUGUUCCAACAUCUAGUGGAAAGCCUUCCCAGAAGAGUAGAGGCUGUUAUAGCAGCAAAGGGGGGACCAACUCCAUAUGAAUGCCCAUGAUUUAAUGUCCAGCUUUAAGCUGUUCACCUUGGUGUACUAUUUUUCCUUUUGUAAGAGACUUAAGAAUGUCUUUACCUUGUUUGGUUAGUUACUUCCAUUUCAAGUUACUUUUGGGAGAAGUAGCCUUUUAGCUUGAGGAGAAGUGCAUUGGAUCUCCUUUUAUUUGCAACACUGCAUUUAUGGUUUUUAAAUACUACAUUUAAGACUCGAUUCCUGAGUUGUAUCUGCAUUAGUCCCCAUGUAUUCUCAUUGUCUUACAUUUUAUGAUGGUAUAAUUUAUUGUGACAUUUUUAUUAUCUGGAACUGAUGCUUGACUUCAGAGUAAUUGGUUGUAGACUAGGGCGUCUCAGACUAAGAUAAGUAAGGACUAACCAGUUAAUCUUUGAAGCCUAAUUAUACUGAACAAAAAUCUAAAUGCAACAUGCAAUAAUGUCAAAGAUUUUACUGAGUUGCAGUUCAUAUAAGGAAAUCAGUCAAUUGAAAUAAAUUCAUUUGGCACUAA